UUAGCAAUGCAAGACAUACAGUCGAUCGUAGGCAGCAGCAGCGAAGGUGAAGGAGCUCAGAAGCAAACAACGAACCAACCUCCCUUCCAGUUUCUCCUUCCUUCAAUUCACACUUUGCCUCUCCAAAGGGGUCGGUGAGGAAUCUGUCUAGAAAACGUGAAAACGGAGCAGCCCAUAGCAGCCAUGGUCACCGCCGCUUUAGACAAGGAGAGACUUUCCAGAUUUUACAAAUCCUUUCUUUUCUUAUACUAUGCUUAAUGCUUUUAUUAAAACAAUAUUCAGGGCAGAUUCUUAUGGUCGAUUCUCCUGCCAGUAGCUAGUCUCUUAUUUUUGGGUCUUCUCCAACAAUUACUUAUUUUCUACUGGAAAAUUUUUCUCUUUUUCUCGGGAGACAUGGGAUUGAAAAGCUGGGAGUUUUGGUGAUUGAGCUCUGCUAGCCUCUCGUAUCACUCUUCAGCAUGAACAACCAAUAUGGUGAUGAUCAAGAUGAAGAAAAAGUCGUUGGGUUUGAAGUUCCAAGAUCACCUGAUUCAAGUUACAAUAAUGCAUACCCUGGGAGUGAAGAUGACGCACGUGACCCACCAGUUGUCCCUCCACACCUGCAUCGUUCGUUGCUUAGCUACCCCUUAAGUCUGAAUGCUUCUGGGAGUACGCCUUUGCCAGAAAAUGUGAUUCUAAAUCAUCUUUACAUUGAGAAUCGAGAGGCACCUAGAUCUGUAGUGGCACUUGGGUUUACUCAUCGUUUUCGUUCAAAUUCUAUAAUGGAUACUCGUAAAAGAGGAAGUCGUGAAGCUGGGUUCAACGUUAAUGGCGGAAUUAAGAAUUCUAGACCCGCGCUGCUGGUUGCUAAUUUGGUGAGAGCUGCCAUUUCCAACAAUAUGUUCCUGGAGGUUACAAUGCAGUGGCCCAGAUGA